AUGCUGGCCGACGCUGGGAUGGAGGCCCCCAGUCACACGGUAGAAAUUCAAUUCCAAGGUCCACGAAUGAGUGCCGUUGCCGUGUCAGAGGCGAACGGGACUUCAAACCAGCCGAUUGUGCGUAGGUCAGUCAGUGAUUUCCCACAACACAGUGACGAACCUAACACUGCAGCUUCAUUUGCGCCCUCUGGUGCUGCAUUCACACCGCCCGGUGUGACUUCCCAGACGGUCCUAGCAGGUGUCGGGACCGAAGCUCCCACUCACACAGUAGAAAUCCAAUUCCACGGUGAAAGAAUGAGUGCCGUUACCGUGGCAAUGGCGAAUGCGGCUUCACACCGGCCGACUGUUCAGGCCCCGGCUGUUGAUGCCAUAGAACAUAGCGAGAAGUCCAGAUCCGAGACGGCAGCUCUAUCUACUAUGUCUGCAUUGUCUGCCUCCAGAAGCAGAAGUGAUACAGUAUCACGUCUCGAUGAGCAGCAGAAGGAUGAGAAGGAGGAGGAGGAUGCAGCUGGCGGCAAAUGUUGUUGCUGUAAACGAAAACGCAAGCCUGCUGACAAGGAGGGCCAGGACGCAGAAGCCUCGACUAACGAAGGCGCCCCUGCGGAGGGCCAGCCCGGACAGAAGCGUUCCUGGUUUUCUUGCUGCAAAAAGCAACCAUCAAAUCAGGCAGAAAACGAGACUGCCUCAAAGCCCCUAGCGGCGGGAACAGAUGGCAAAAUCCCAACCAACACUGACGCCACCGAAGUUCCUGGGGAGGGCCAGUCCAGAGGGAAGCGUUCCUGCUUUUCUUGUCGUAAAAAGCAACCAUCGGAUCAGGCAGAAGAGGAGACUGCCUCAAAGUCCCUAGCAGGAAGAGAUGCCAAAGUUCCCGAGGAAGUCCAGCCCGGAGAGAAACGUUCCUGCUUUUCUCGUCGUAAAAAGCAACCGUCUGAUCAAGCUGAAAGUGUGACUCCCGGCGGGAAGAUGUUGUCCACAGCCUCCGAGCAGAGUAGCCUAAGACUAGCCAGUGCGUACGUGGGUGAUGACGGUCGCAGACCAGAGUCCGCGCAACCCUUUGAGUACACACGCAGUCGUUCUUUGCCCUUCAGUCUGGCCGCGCCCGCUGAGAAUGGGCUGUCCUGCCCGGGGCUAGAGGCACCCACGCACACGGCGGAAGUUAAAUCGCAAGGUCCGCGACUGAGUCCUGUUAACGCGACGGCAGCCAGGGCGAGGUUGAAUCAGCCAGCCUUCCAUUCCCCAGUGACGGACUUGACAGAACAGUGUGACUCUACCAGGCCCUGGAAGCCCCCCUGUCCACCACCUGAGGAGGGCAAAGACGGGUGGUCAGGGCAGAGGUACCAAAACGCAAGUCCCGGAGAUCCGACAACACAAUCACGCUUUAUCAUUGGUCAAAGCGAGCGGAGGACGCCUCCAGUGAGUACACCGGAGUGUGCUGAGCAGACAGUGGUAGUCAACACACCGGAGAACUCUUUGGCAAGUCAUGGCAACAGAACAACCGUAGAAUGCGCCUUGGACGCCCAGCCACAGGGCCCCCAGGGCUUUGGCCAACAGCGGCAGCUGGGUCUAAACGGCAUUGCAAGGUGUCAGUGCAGUGUAGGCGAAUGUCUCCUUGCCGCGCGUCACCCCUGUCCCCGAAUCCGUCCACUGGCUCCGCCACCGCAGAAUGGAAACGGACAAACGGUUUGGGUGCUUAUGCCGAUGUCAAUGGGCGCGAAUGGAAUGUUUGGUCUGCCAGCCCCCUGUUCCUGUCAUGGCCGGAGAUGA